AUGGCGCACCCUCCAGGCGUUCCUAAACCGCAGGAUACGCUACCUGUCGAUUCGGCGGAUGAGUCUAUUAGCGACUCCGAUGAAUGUGACGAGAUCGACAACUCUAAGGAGUGGAAUUGUCGACCGUGGGAGGCGGUCUUUCCGUCGGACUCUGCUCUUCUGACAACAACUUAUCAAUCUCUUGAGUUACUCCUUGAUAAGCUCAAAGAGUUUUGUGUUCAGAAUGGGAUGGGCCUUAUCACGAUACGAAGUCAAAAGAAUAAGGCGAAGACUAGAACAAUAAAAUAUGAGCUAAUCUGUGACAAGAGUCGGUAUUACAACCCUAGGAAAUCAAUAGCCAAAAUACGGAGCACGAAUACAACAAAGUUUGCUCCCAACUGCCCAUUCAAAGUCAUUGUUCAAUCCGUCCAGGCUAAUAACUACGAAUGGUCCCUGAGAGUUGUCAGCUCCCUUCAUCGAGACCACGCGCCAUCGCAAGAUCUUGCCGAGCACUACCACUGGAGAAAAUUAACGGAAGAACAAAUGAACUUUCUGGAAGGUCUUUGUCGUGACAAGACCAUCUCCACUCGGUCUGUUUACAAGCAACUCUGUCAAAAGUGGCCUAAGAUUGUUAUUCGCAGGAGAGAUGUUUAUAACUGGCGAUGGAAAGUCAACCAAAGCAAACGUCAAGGGUACGGUCCUGCCAACGACUUUGUACGGACGCUUUCUGAGUCGAAGAAUGUGUGGAUAUGGGGGUUAGACUGGAUUGAGGACGAAUGCCGCUUUAGAAAUGCUGCUUGGGGAUAUCAUAAAGGUGGGAAAAUGUGGCAACAAUUCUCGUCAUGUCUCCAGAUUGAUGCGACAUAUAAGACUAACUGCUAUAAAAUGCCCUUGGUUACUGUUGUAACCGUAUCAUCAGAGAAGACUUCCAUGCCAAUAUGCUAUGGUCUUCUCAACAACGAGCAAGUUCCUACUUUUGAGUGGUUCCUCCAACAGCUAUUAAGAUUCCAACGAGCGGGCAACAUCGCUCCCCCACAGGUUAUUAUCACGGACAAAGACGAUCAGUUGCGUGAUGCGGCACGGCACAUCUUCCCCAACGCGCAACUUCAGCUUUGCGUUUUCCAUAUUAACAGUAAUGUGGUCUUAUCCAUCAAGAAAUGGUGGAAGAAACCCAUCGACUCAGAAAUAGAUGGAGAUGAUGACGAUGCAGAUACUGCUGAUAUCCAGGAGAUGGAACGUGGGAACGCUAACGUUAAAGACACAAAGGAUAUAAAACUUGGUCCUCUUCCCAAACAAGUAUUAAAUACUCGGGCUGGUCUGUACCUCCUCUGGAGAUAUAUGGUAUUUAGCAGAUCGGAGGACGAGUUCAAUCAAGCAUGGCGGCAACUUCAAGAGACCUUUGAACACCAAGAGCGAAUUUUGAAGUAUCUCAAGGACACAUACUUGCCUUUGAAGAAAGAGUGGGCCUGCUGCUAUACUCGCCAUUAUCGGAACUUCGGUCUGAUUACGACAGCACCAGCCGAGUCAAACCAUCAUUCUCUAAAGACAUACCACCUAUCCCUUCGGUCCGACCUCCCUGAUGUUGAGGCAGCAACAGCUAGUCAGACAGCGGAUAAACGUCAGCUGUAUAAAGACAAAAUACAACAAGCGAACACCACUAUUCGGAACCUGUUCUCCGGAAGAGAGUGGCUUGGUCAGCUGCCUCUAAACGUCACUCGUUGGGCGCUAGACCAGCUUAGCGAGAUCCACAGACUGAUGGAAUCAAGCCUGGUCUCUAAGAAGCCCUUGCCAACUUGUACAGGCUCUACUACGGCUCAAUACGGCUUGCCUUGUGUGCAUAAACUCUUAGAGUUAGCUCGUCAACAUGAGGCACUGAAGAAGGAAGACUUGGAUCCAUUUUGGUAUAUCAAACGAUCUCGAGAAAUUGACGACCCUCUUCUUCAAGUACAACGUCCUCCGAUGGGCAUACCUAAGGGUCGGCCACGGAAUGGCGAACCAUUUGGCAGCGAACGUGCGAUUCCUAAUCAUCAACUUGCGCCCAAAGCGUCAACACAAAGCGGCGUACAGAGGUCAGCACGUCGCAACUACUCUCAAUUCGAGCUAGGGUCAGCCCUUGACGAGGAAGACGCAGCUGACUUACAAGACCAACAACAGCCUCGGCGAAAACGGAGUAAGACUGCUUCAAUCACAACUCGAGUUACUCGUCAACAGGCAAAGGGACAGGGAGACAGGAAGAAUCCAACUGAACAGCAUUAUUCUUUGGAGGUGGAGGAGGACGAUAAAAUAACAGAGUUAUUGUUUGCGAAGGGAAAGGAAAAGGAGAAGGUUGGCGAUAGCAUUACUGUUGCAACGGAUUAG